AUGGGUGCCGCUCUCUUCCUGCAACACAGUGACUGCUGCAUUUUUCGCCUGGGAACUCUCGCCAGUCUCGAUUUUGAUGAAGCUGAUGGCAGUUUCUCCCUGGAAGAUCUUCAAGCACUCUUUAAGGACACCUCGGAGGCGUACCGUCUGCAUAUCCUGAGGGAUGUACAAAUUCGACUUCCCAUGUCUCCAGUGUCCGAGGAGAAUAUGAUUUCCGAACCGCGCCGUCAGUUAGCCUCAAGUAGGGAGGAUAAGAAUCGGAAGCUUUUGGUGAAAGUGUUUAAGCCGCUCCUUUACAGUCAUGAUGGCAGGUAAGGACCGUUCGGUGACCUUGGGGGGAGGAAAAACUUCCGUGCUCUAUUUAUCACUAUUUUUGGCGGAUGUUUUCGGAGAAUUUUGCUGUACAAACAACAGUUCUUGUGUCUUAUAAUGCACUUCACUAGACCGUGGACGUGGAUUUUGCCCAGCCAUUAUUUUAUCACCCCUGAGAACCUCAAGUUUCAGAUUAACUACCUGAUAUUUUUCUCCUGGUAAAGUUACCACGCCAAGCAUCACUGUAUUAUAACCGAGCUAGGCCUGCACUUAAAGAAAUACUUAAUUUUACUAAUGUCCCAACUAGUCUGAAUGAUCGGCACGUAGGGGAAUUUACAGCUGGACGAAUGCCAUAGACUGGUACGCUAUGGCUCGAAGAUUGGCAUUUUUUGCAUUUGCUCGAAGAUCUAGCAAUUACGCCAUCAUCUCUAUGUCACAUAAUGCCUCCACGACCUCUGACUUUAAAAGACUUGCUUUGAAGUGCCUGAUCGACCGCAAAGAAAAUUUUUCAGAUCUCAUUUAACGGGUUUGGAAAUCUUACAAGAAUCCCAUUUACUUACGUUUAAGCUGAGGAAUAGUAGGUUGAGUCCUUUUGCACAUUAUGGCCAAUGGCGGAUUAAUCUGAGGAUGUUUGCGUGAUUUUCUUAUCUUAGAGAACUUCGAUACUUUUUGUGUUUGACGAAAUAUUAACUAUCAUUGGUCAAAGUUAACUUACCUAUGCUGUUCUACCAGAGAGGUUUUUGAAGCUGCCCUUAGUAACAGGUGGUUGUGAUCCGCUCAAUGUGUUAGAUGCUAAUUGGUGAUGUUAAAUGACUUUAAUUAGGCGACAAAGCCGCAAAGCCAAGCUUAGGCCGAUCUGAUUUACCAGUCUAUCUGCAGCCUGUGGUGAUUAUGAAUACCCUUUCUGUAUGCACGCGCGGUGUGGAUUUUUUUAUUCCCGUAUAUGAAUUGUACGCGUGUGAAUAUCCGAUGUUUCUUUUUAGCCUCGCCUCCAUUUCCCUCUCAACAACACAGCAAAUACCAACGGAAGUUGUCAUCAUUCGACAAACACAGGCGGGAAUUCUGAUUGUGCACUUUGGCUCCAACGUUUCUGCAGGCAAUGCCAUUCAAAUUGUCGAGAAAUUCACGCUUAAGUUGUCACAUCAAAUCAGAUAG